ACGGUAUAAUGCCAAGCUGACAUUUGACAUACCUUUUCUAUCCCGUCGUCAAUCUGUAGCUGGAGGAAUUUAGCAGAAUAUUUUAAAUCCAGUUUCGCUUAGCUAAUCGGCUGCAAAAUGGCAAUCCGACCAGUGUACAGGCCGGAGAUCAUAAAAAAGAGGACAAAGAAAUUCAUUAGGCAUCAAUCCGACCGAUAUGGCAAACUUAAGAGGAAUUGGCGUAAACCAAAGGGUAUCGACAACAGGGUGAGGAGGCGUUUCAAGGGACAGUAUUUGAUGCCCAAUAUUGGUUAUGGUUCUGCCGCCAAGACCCGUCAUAUGCUGCCCACAGGGUUCAGGAAAAUGCUGGUCCACAACCUUAAGGAACUUGAAGUUCUUAUGAUGCAAAACCGUAAAUACUGCGCUGAGAUCGCCCAUGGUGUCUCAGCUAAGAAGAGGAAAGACAUUGUUGAAAGGGCACAACAGUUAAGUAUCAGGGUAACUAAUGGGCACGCCAGGUUACGCAGCCAAGAAAACGAGUAGAUCUUGAGACUUUGGUUAAUAAAAAAAAACAAGAGAA